GAAAAGUGUUUCUUCCCCCCCACCAACGCUGUCGAUUUUCUUGUAGAUUUAACUCCCAAUACUCCCUUGCGUCUUCUUGGACGUUUGAGAACGUGCUGAUAGUCAAGAGUGGUGCUGCACGCAUUUCCUUUUUUUUUUUACAAGAAGAGAUACUCUGUGCAUUUUUUGGGACCUUGGAGUUUGCUGCGUAAGAGUGUACGAGACUGGCAUUCUAACAGUUUACCCAAGAUUUGCAAAAGUUUUGGUCUCGGUCCGGGAUAGGAUACUUGUGUAUCAACAUUGGAACUUUUGACGCAUCCGUCUUUUGCGGUGGCCUUGGGCGUAUGCUCGGAUUGAACACAUCGCGGGCGACGUCGUGUAUCGGAUCCUGUUUCGAGGGUGCAGGGCCACACGGGGAACCUAGAUCUUCCCUGUAGGGGAGUUCAACGAUGGGACAAGCCCAGAACAAAGAGCCAUUAGAGACAGAGACCAUCAGCGAGGCGCAGCACAGCAACUACGACAGCGAGAUCGCAGAGGAUUACUCGAGUAUUAAAUCAGAGCAACCUUGGUUAUCGCCUCCGAAACGUCGUCGAUCUAGAAGCCGGAAUAACACGCAGCCUUCGUACACGAAGCCGUUGUCACCUGGUACAUCUUCCACUCCGCUUAUCAGCCUUGAUAUAGCCCCUGUAGAGCAUAACGCUAGUUUUACGAACGCAGGAAAGUCACUUUUUUCACCCGUCAGCGAGGGAUCACUAGCCCGAAGUAGUCCCGGUUCUCCACACGGACUAGGAUUAUUCAGUUUACCAUCCCACCAGCGGACGAAGCGAGCGGGCUCAUUUAGCACGGAUCUUCCCCUACACGGAGACGCAAAGCAUAAGCCGUCCCUUGUUCACUGGACACACGUUCCUACCGUCGCAUCUUCUGUUGUGGGAAAGGCGAUUGUGGACAAGAUAGAGGAACCGACUCCGAUUGGACCAAUACCGAAUCUGGUAGCGAGGAUGUCUUUUGAGGGACAGCUUCAGGCACCACCAGUCGACGCUGUGCCAGGCGCUGCGGAACCAGGAUCACCUGCGGGUCCAAUACAGAAAGGGACUGGGGGAAUGGUGACUGACAGUUCUUCUGUUAUGCCAGAGCCAGGCGCUAGUGGUGCGAAAGGAACGGACUCUAGCCUGUCCAUGCAAAUCAAUUGUAAUUUUGCAUCAACAGCAGGGCCAGCCACUAGCGAAAGUGCGCAAGCGAUGCCCAAGCCCGGCUUUGCUAUGUAUCCAGCCGCGAACGGUCUUCUGCAAUCACAGCCUCCACAUUUCCAUGAAGUGACGGAUGCCCAAGGCCGUGUAGUUCAGCAUUCAUGUUCGGGGUGUGCAUGGUGGAGUCCGACGCCGAUGGUGCAAACAAGUUCGCUCAUUCCGCCUUUUGGAAAUAUGAAUCAGCAAAAGCAGUUUACCGGAGCAGAGACGAAGGAACAGUUGACAGGUCGAAUGGGGCCAAGUGGAACGGACGAUACUUCCAACGUGGAUAUUAGGAAGCAUGCAUCGUCUGCGUUUUUCUCCAAUAGCAUUCCUAGCACGGCUUGGACUGGCAAUUUCUAUCAAGUUGCGUCGACGAGCGGGGAACUAGAGUCGGGAGCUGAGGGCCAGGAACUGUCUGGUCAGACGUUUCCUACCGGAGCGAUGCCAUUCUUUUCAACAUUGGUAAUGGAUGGUUCCAUGCAACCGAAAGGUGACUCCGACGAGCUUUCAGCCCAAGCCUUCACCUCUGGCGCAACUAUGCCAUUCUUUUCCGCAGCGUUUGGUCCCACUGCUAUGAAAUCUUUUCCCACUGUAUCAACGCCGCCUGCGGCGGGUAUGGCCAUCCCAACAGCGUUACCGCCUAACCCAGGCUACUCGCUUCCUGGACAAGGAGGAGUUGUGCCAGCCUCGAGUAUUUCAAACGCGUCCCCCACAAACUCUAAUCCCUUUUUCCCCCCUGCUCCUGUGACUCCACCCCGCGGCAGUAUGCCUUCUGCCUUUGAUUUGGCAAACUCUCCGCUCAGCCCAGGGUCGGCCAGCGGGUCGCUGUACCCGGGGAUCCCCGGGGUAUUCCAUAAGCCGAUCAAACCUUUGCCAAAGAAAAAGCUUCGACCUCCAGCAUACCCGUCCGGAUCCUCACCGGGCCGAACGUCGACGAUUACUUCUCAGUCUGUCCCGGCGCCGACUUUGACUUGGACGGGACUGGUCGGCCAGCAGGGGCUCAUGGGUGAUAGCAGUUCAGAGGAUGAAAGUCUUCGAAACAGCACCAACAGAACUAGUGAAGGAGUAAAGAACAAGAAACGAGCAUUACCGGCUUCGUUGAUGGGGAAUGGAAAUGGCGAGAAUGAGGUGGUUAGUGCUGCAACGGUUUCAAAUGGUUUUGGACGAAGUGGCUUUGAUGGAGGGUUUAGAUCUGUGGCAGCCAGUAAUGGUUUAGGCGUUGGAAUAGAGACGGGUGGGGUGAAUGGGCGAGUCAAGUUUUCGAUUCCUGGAGUGGAUGACGGCGACCUUCCUCCGAGACCCAAAAUUGUUGUUUCCCCCACAGAGAUGAAAUUUGAAUUUGGGCAAACGGGAACCGGGGGAACAUCAGCGUCUUCAACCAAGCCGUCUCCAAGUGAUAUUUCUGAAGCGAAUGCCACGGCUGCAACGCAGGCGGAGGGAGGCUCCCCCACUUCAGUGGGUCCCAAACCUACGCCUGCACCCGCACAACCUCCCACCCCAGCCAACACACCCAGCGACGAGCUUGAGAAAGAAGAAGCCGACAUUGAUUAUUCAGAUAUACAAGAGAUUACAGAUCUACCUGAUCUACUGGACGACACAGAGUUGGAAAAGGUGUUGGCGAUCGAAGCAGCGCAUACCAAAGUGGUUCCCACGGGCGCGCCACCCGCAACCAAAGCUAAAAAGAAAAAGAAAAAGAAAGGGGGCGGUAACGCUGCUCAACAGCAGCAGCAACAACCACAACAGCAGCAGCAGCAGCAGCCGCAAACCACGACAUCUGGUACACCCUCUGCUCCAACUGUGGGCACGACCGACAAUUCCCGCGACAAACCCCCAUCUCUUCCCUCCGAAACCUCCUCCGACGACAAGGACACGAACGAAACCAUCCUCUCCACCUUUUCGAAACCGCUCAUACCCUACCGGUACCGUCGCGCGCGCUACACGAACGCCAUUCGUCAAAUGGAUAAACCUGGGGAAUGGGUCUGUUUUUUUUGCGAGUAUGAGCAGGCUUUUGGGGGCACUUUUUGGAGGAGGGGGGGUGGAGUGAGGAAGAAGAAGGAGAAGGAGGAGAAGGUGGAUGUCAAGGGGUAGAAAUUUGUUUUGUGUGUUGGUCGAAGACUUUAAGAGAGUCACUUUCUCCAUUCAAGACUACACGUAUUGCACCAUAGAUUGCCGUCAAAGACGCUUUUGCGGACGGAAUUCUAACUUUGGAUUUACCUAUGCUGUUGCUAACUGCCCUGGAUUUU